CCCAACAUGCCCCAGCAGAGGUCAGACCAGCACCACCCGCAGGGCACGCCCACCAUGAUGCACCCAGUGACGGCAGCCGGACCACCUAUUGUAGCACAGAGCCCCGCCUAUUCUGCCCAGUACUUCACCUGCAGCCCGCAGCAGUUCACCAGUCAGCCGCUGGUCCAGCAGAUGACUCACUACCAGUCGCAGGCGCAGCAUGUGUUUAGUCCAGUAAUGCAGGGGACUGCCAGGAUGAUGGGGCCACCCACACAUGGCCAACCCAGCCUCGUCUCUUCUUCAACUACACAGUACCCAGAGCAGACACACACCAUGUAUGUGUCUCAAGGGCCGAUGCAGCAGUACACCCACCCCAGUGCCACUUUGCACCCUCACCCACAGCACCCGCAGCCCUCUGCCACGCCUACAGGCCAAGGCCAGCAGGGUGGUCCCCCACAGCAUGGGGGUCCUCCCAACCAUCCAGCAGCCAGCCCAGUCCAGCACCCACAACACCCGCAGGCAGCUGCAGCUGCAGCAGCAGCCCAGGCCCUCCACAUGGCCAACCAGCCUCCACAGCAGCAGAUGUACUCAGCCUUGGCCCCCACGCCCCCCUCCAUGACCCCAGGGCCCAACCCUCAGUCUCCCCAGGCAUCGUUCCCCUCUGCCCAGCAGACCGUCUAUAUCCACCCGCAGCAGGUGCAGCACGGCUACAACCACAACCACAUGGCACACGUGCAGCAGGUAGGUCACAACCUACGAUCAGCUGGCUGGAGACGACAUCCACCGUAGCUCUGGCCAAGUAAU